CAAAAUGAUUACAUGGACGAGCAUCGCCGACGACAUGGUCGUCGGCUGGACUAUGAAGAGAAGAAGCGAAAGAGAGAGGCCCGAGAGGUUCAUAAAACUUCUCAGGACACACAAAAAAUGUUUGGUCACAAAGCCAAAUUACUUCAUGCCAAACGACACUCUGAGAAGGUGCAAAUGAAGAAGACUUUGAAGGCGCAUGAUGAACGUAAUGUCAAGCAGAAGGAUGACGGGGCGGUCAAGGAUGGGGCUUUGCCUACUUAUCUUUUGGAUAGAGAAGGGCAGAAAGACGCAAAAGCACUGUCUUCCGCGAUCAAAGAUCGAAGGAAAGAUCGUGCUGCCAAAUAUGCCGUACCCCUUCCCAAAGUACGAGGAAUCGCAGAAGAAGAAAUGUUCAAAGUCAUCAAAACUGGUAAGAGCAAGCAGAAAAGUUGGAAACGGAUGGUCAACAAAGCUACCUUUGUUGGGGAAGGGUUCACCAGAAAGCCUGUCAAACUCGAGCGCUUCAUCCGACCCAUGGGAUUACGAAUGACAAAGGCCAACGUGACACAUCCCGAGUUGAAGACGACAUUCCAGCUGCCUAUAAUCGGCGUGAAAAAAAACCCUCAGUCACCGUUGUACACCUCUCUCGGUGUAUUGACGAAAGGAACUAUCAUCGAGGUCAAUGUUAGCGAGCUCGGUUUGGUAUCCACGGGGGGAAAGGUGGUUUGGGCCAAAUACGCACAAAUAACCAACAACCCGGAGAAUGAUGGUUGUAUCAAUUCCGUAUUACUGGUUUAGGUAGACUCUCUCAUCUGUAUAUCCUUCAGUGUAUGCAUGUAUGGCACAUG